AUGGUGCAGUGGUCCGAUAUUCUCCGUGCUGUUGCCAUUGGUGCAGCGGCACUGAUGUCGGGCGCCAAUGCCUGGAACAAGGAGUCCAUCAUGGCAGCUGGAAGACCCUCCAAUUCUCUGGGAUCUGGUCAGGUACCGGGAAGGUACAUCGUAGAGCUCGAGACAGAAGCUGGACUGCACCAGCGCGACAUUCAGCGUCGUGCCGAUGCCGUUUUGUCGAGCUUGUCCAACGUUGGCCUAGAAGUCGAUGUGAAGGACGACUACUCUGCCAUAUCGACGCGCUUUAGUGGUCUGUCGAUUGAAAUCAAGAACAGCAAAGAGGGCACCCUCGACCAGCUCAAGAAGGUCUCUGGCGUUGCCGAUGCCUGGCCAGUAUACACGGUCAAACUCAAUCCCAUUGCUGAGGGUGACGGUUCCAAGCGAGCAUGGAACCCUCACAUUGUCACCCGCGUUGAUGAGCUUCACAAGCGAGGCUUCAAGGGCCAGGGUCAGCGCGUCUGUGUCGUCGAUAGCGGUGUUGAUGCUGCUCACCCGGCCUUGGCUGGCAGGAUCGUUGGCGGCAAGAACAUGCUGGAUGAUAAUAACGACGUUCAGGACUGUAUCGGUCACGGUACAUUCGUCUCAUCCGUUAUUGUUGGAGAGACUAAGGAUUUCCGUGGUGUUGCCCCCCAGGCUGAGGUGUAUAUGUAUAAGGUCUUCCCUUGCUCAGACAGCACCACCAACGACAUUAUCCUCAAGGGCCUGCUAGCUGCUGAUGCAGACAAUUGCGAUAUUAUCUCCCUCUCUCUAGGUAGCGACAGUGGAUACCAUGGCUCUGCAUUAUCCACGGUCGCAAGCAGCAUUGCGCAAGACCGCCUCGUUGUCGUUGCUGCUGGAAACUCUGGAGAGCAGGGUAUCUUCUACGCCAGCUCCCCAGCCUCAGGCCGCGGCGUUCUCUCCGUAGCAUCUGUGAACGCAAGGCAGGUUCUGCGCUGGCCAGCUACCGUACGGUCCUCCAGCGGACAAGACUUGGCCAUCAGCUACAUCACCCGUGACGGAACCAAGGUCAAUGGAACUGUCAAUGCUCACAUCACAGUUGACGCGGGAGAUGCCUGCAAUCCCCAGUCCUAUGGUGAUGAGUCCCAGGCACUCGUCAUCCAACGUGGAGUCUGCAUGUGGGCCAAGGCAUACAAUACCCUGAUGUACAACGGCUUCGGUUACUAUCUCAUCUUUGACUCGUACAAUCAAGGAGUGUUCUACCCGUCAGAUGCCACCAACUCCAAUCCUUCUAUCCACCUCUUCGGACUCACUGCCGCUUCCGUCGGCGCCUGGGUCAAGGAAGAGACUGCCGCGGGCCAUAACCUGACCCUCGUCAUCAAACCAGAUGACGACCCAGCGGCAUCUGAUCCAGCUAAUACGUUCAACGACUUCCCUGGCGCAGGACAAGUCUCCUACUUUUCCUCGUGGGGUCCUACCUUUGAAAACGACUUCAGCCCCAAGAUUGCAGCUCCUGGUGGCUUUGUCUACGGAGCUCACCCUGACAACAGCUACGUCGUGCAAUCGGGAACCUCCUUCUCAACUCCCUACAUCGCAGGUGUGGCUGCUCUCUUCUACGCCCAUGUCAAGAAGGACAACAAAGAGUUUACGCGCAGAAUCUCCGCCACCGCCGCAACUCUACCAGCCUGGGACGAGACAGAAAAGUCGGUCCGAGCCGACAUCGCGCCUCUCGCACAGCAGGGAUCUGGUCUCGUUGACGCAGUCAAGGUCAUGGAUUAUCAGACUAUCCUCUUGUCUGAUUCCCACAUCUCACUCAAUGAUACCGACAACCGAGUAUCCACACAUAAGAUUCGUCUGGCCAACACGGGCUCUUCUCAGGUCACGUACAAAGUAUCACAUGUCGCUGCAGCCAGUGUAAAGUCCAGAGACGAAUACCUGUACGCGUAUACGUACAUGCCUCCUCUUACUGCCGCUUCUGGCUCCAUCAGUGCGCCUGACAGCAUCACUAUUGCUCCCGGCUCUACACAAGAGGUUGAGGUCACUUUCAACAAACCCGCCAACGACCAGGAGAACAGCGGCACCGUCUGGAGCGGCAAGGUCGUGUUCGAGGGCACCAAUGGCGAAUUCGUCUCCGUCCCCUACAUGGGCGUUGAGGUUUCCACCUACAAUUGGACACCUCUUGAAGGCUCCCCUCUCUUCUUCCGCUACGACUCCGGGUCUGGAUACCUGUACCCCAUUGACUGGCAGAGCAAGCCUUAUAAGCUAGCUGAAUCUGACUCACCUGAAGUCUACUAUGCACUUCGUUACGGCACCUACGAGUUCUCGCUAGAUCUGGUAGGCCCUGACUGGAAGGUUGAAGAUUUUUCGUACCCUCUGGUCUCUGGAGCCGGGUCUGCCCAAUGGCAUGGCAGCUUGCGAUCGGCAGCCGAUGUGUUUGGCUCUUACGUCGAGUUCCCUGCCAAGUUCCCCCUUCGGUUCAGCAAUGUCGGUUUCACCAGGUUCCAGAGCUUCGCCAACGGGACCGAGGUCAGGACUGGCCGAUAUAGGGUUUUGGCUCGAGCUCUCCGCAUGUUUGGUGAUGCCACGAACCCCAAGGACUGGCAGUUCACCCUGUCUGACGCCUUCACUGUCCAGCUCGGAGAUGAGCCUCUCCCCUCGACCCCCAUCAGCUCGACCAUGGCAGUGUCAACUCCGGUCCCCACGGGCACUCCAACCUCCCAGAGCAUGGCUACUACGUCAUCCCAGGUUAUCGAGACACCCUCGAGCAGCGCCGUCGCAUCCACGACAGCCGUUCCAGGUAUCACAACUACCUUGCGGGCUAUUGCCACCCCAACAGGAGUGCCCAACGCCAUUGUCGACGUCUCCGUUGCCAAGCAGGGUGCUUCCACCAACCUGAUCAACGACCCAGGUGUUUGGCUGGAGCUCCACGUUCGCAUGGAGAUCCCUACCCGUCUGCCGCUUGACAGUUCCGUCUCUUUUGCUCUCCCUCCUCAGGUUGUCGACGUGGCCGAGAGCAAUUACGUGAUGGACCAGUCGUCCAACUUGGUGGGGUCUGCCAGCUUUGACAAGAGUACCAGGCUCUAUACCAUCAAUUUCAGCGAGUACGUGACCUGGCAUAGCCAGUUUGUGGGAGACUUUUAUCUCUUCUGUCGAUUCAGCGAGGAUUAUCGACCACAGAUGCAGGCAGGCUCCUAUUACCUCGAGAUUCUCACCGCCGGAAAAUCCAUCUAUACCCCCGUUAUCUACACUACUGUUGAUCGCACGCGCGUGUACGAGCACAUGGCCGUCAAGAAGGUUGACAAUCUUGACGCGUAUCUAUUCAAGGUCGAGGUACCUGGUCAGCUAGGUCCUUGGAAUUCUGUUACUUUCACGUCCGUGUACAACGAAAAUGACGGUUUCCUCUGCACCGAGACUACUGUGUCUGUUGGUACCGAGUUCAACGCCCUGAACCAAGUUUCACAGUCCAGGGAUAUUACGGCAGCAUCUGUGAAGCGAUGCGAGGUUAAGAGAUUCAAGGCCAUUGUUACCGAUACCAUCGCAGCAGGAGAGGCUCUCGUUUUUAACGUUGCCACUCUCAUGGGUGUACGAGAUAACUGGUCAAUCACCAUGACUUAUGACCUCGCCAUUGAGCUGAAGAAUGGAAUCACAAUCGGAUGGAACUCUCGCCAGAUGACAUAUGAGAAGAAUUCUCGCAGCCGCCCCGACAACUGGAUUAGCGCCGUUGUUGAUAGAGACGGUCCCAUAGGCCCCAUCAUCUCGACGACCAGUCUAAUUCCUACAAUCUCUACCCCGGUGUCCACGCCAGCAUCAACCCCGGUAAGCAGCAGCACCGCGAUCAUACCAGGUACUUCCACACAAAUGUCGUCGUCUACACCUCAUUCAAGUAUUGUCAGCUCUGGCACUCCCAUCAGAUCAUCCAGCUCAGCGGUUGAAACACCAACCCCGGUCUCUUCUACUACACCAGUGUCCAGUACAGCCGUUUCAUCCACAACGCCUGCGUCCAGCGCAAUCGUUUCUUCAACUACACCAGUCUCUUCUGACACACCCGUUUCGUCGUCUGUACCUGCAUCCUCUACGCCUGUUUCGUCCACCACUCUGAUCUCUUCUACAAAGGGUCCCUCGUCAGCUGUCUCCGGCACCCAGACGACGUCUGGCUCUUCCACUGCCCCCAUUUCCUCACAUGUUUCGUCUUCGAUCAUUCUUAGCUCUCAGACAACGACUGUCCCUUCGACUACUCCCAUGUCUUCGACAAAUGCUGGCUCUUCUACAACAGACGCUUCAGCUUCAGUUUCGCUUUCUAUCUCGCAGACGACACCUGGCACAGCAAUCUCAUCUACUUCUACGACUGCUCAUGACUCUACAGCAUUUUCCUCGACAGUUUCUGUAACAGAAUCUUCUUCGUCAGUAGAAAUCUCAAAUUCUGUUCCGGCCAGCUCCAUCUCAAGCCUCUCUUCUCCUUUGUCGGGCACAAUAGUCUCUACUUCUGCAUCUAACGUCGUCACUUCGUCUUCGUCUCGCGGACCUGCCAGUCAAUCUGGCAAGCCUCACUCUUCAGGUGGCAGCUCUCACCCAACCGCCGGGCCCUCUGUGGUGACCACCACAUCUGCCAACCAGGGUCUUGCUCCCACCGAGACACAAACUGUCACCGUCUUCACCUCGGUGUGUUCGGACCCGAGCUGGACAGCCCCCGUCACGGUCACAAUUACUGUGCCCUGCGCCACCAGCGGGCAGACCGAGGUCACAACCAUCACAUCUGUCUGCACUCGGUGCGCUGACCACCCCGUCACCAUCACUUACACUCAGCCUGCCGCUCCGCCUACUUCAGACAAGGUCGACGGCUUCCGUGUUCCCAGUUCAGCGUCCCAGGUGCCCAACUUGAUUCCGCACGUCACCAUUUCAGGAGGACCCUGGGGGCCUGGUAUCCUUGCCCGCCCCAGCGCCUUUUCCACCUUGAUGUCCAUCAGCUCAGCCAAGGCCUCGGAGGGAGCCGGACAAGGAAACGGUGAUAAGUCCACCCAGGUUUCUCAACCCAGCGGGGUUGUAAACGAUGCUAGAAACAGCAGCGUUAGUCUCAGUGGUGCUACUCAGCCAGUUCUUGCCCAGAACACAGCUGUAUCCGUUGCGUCAGGCGUUCCAUCGACCAUCUCGACUUCGGCACCGGUCUCGGCUGCUGCUCAUGUAUCGAUGCAGUAUCUGGUAGCCAGCAUUAUCGCAGGCUUUGCAACCUGGACAUUGAUUAUAUAA